AUGUCGAGUCAAAUCAAUUCCACACUGAACCAAGAAAAACGAGAGAAGAAGAAGAGCGAUGUAUCGACAAUGCUGAAGAUUUGUGUAUUUGUGGCAUUGCUUUUGGCAUUGGCAACCGUUGUCGUGUUUGUUGAUCGAAUUGGCGAAUUGAAUUACAAGCGGCUUGAGGCCAUGCGUCAAUUUGAAGAAUCUUAUGAUGGGCUUCUUGCCACACUUCCUCCUGACUGCGACAUAAGCUUAGAAGAGCUCGAGAAAGAGAAAAAGGCUGGAGAAAAUUACCAAAUAUUGAACUGCCAUCUCAAAAGCUUGACCAAGAAGCUCGCAAAGGAUUCGGAGGACUUUAAACACUCUUUCCACGAAAUUAAACGUGCGUUUGACGACCUCUGUGGAGCGCCUCCAGUUGCAAACCCAAUUGGCUUCGAUAAUUUCAUCACCCAGUGA